UGGGGGUUGUGGGUACCGGUGGGAAGACUGCGGCAGGGACGGGGGUUGGGGUUAGUGCGGCGCCGAUUCCGAAUAUGUUGGCGAGGCCGGGAUAUGGUAAGCCCCCUGUGCGGGCGCCGAUUCCGGGGGCGGUGGGUGUCGGUGUCGGUGUCGGUGUCGGUGUUGGUGUUGGGGUUGCGACGGCGAGGGCUGCGCCGAUUCCGGUGCCGAUGCUGAUGGGUGGGCCUGGUGUCGCUGGCCCGGCUCAGAUGGCUGGACAGAAGAGGGGGAGUAAUGGGGUUCCUGUACCGGGUCCUAUCCCUGCCGCGGCUCCAGCUCCAGCAGCAGCACAAACACAAACCGAACAAAGUGAACUACAAAUCAGGAUUGAAACGGGUCAACAACCGAAGAAGUGAACAUUACCUCGAACUACGAACUACAAGGGUCUUUUUAUUACUACUAUUGCAUUGCUACGGUGUUCUUUUUGCGUUUUUAUUAGCAUAUCUUGCCUUAUGUACGACGUCACAUAGGGCGAGGCCAAGGCCAGCAGCUGCUGCUGGGGUGGGUAUGAUAUACGAAAUAAAGCAUACACAUAUUUUUGGAUUACGCGU